AUGAGCAGUAACGGUAGCGAUUGUCCUCCUGGUCAAAUGGAAACACCGGUUGAGAAAAAGUGGACAAAUUCAUCACCAUCACAGCAUUUGUUGAUACAAAGUAAGGAAUAUGUUUACCAAAAGAAUGUUCAGCCAUUAAGAUUUAUAAGUAAACUAUUCAUUCAUUAUUGCAGUUCAAUACCUGAACACCUUCAUCAUUUAACCAAAACAAUCUCUACUGAAUUUAUACGUGAAUCUGAUAUAGAUCAAGAAAAUGGUGGAAAAAACAUUAUUGUUUAUGAACCAUCUACUUUACCUACCACAUGUAUAACGAGUUCCAAUUGUUUGAAUAAUGUUCAUCAGCAACAGCGUACAGUAGUAAUAAAUACCAGACAAGAAAAUAAAGAAAAUCGAUUUUGUCUUGAUUUAAUACCAACUGAUGUUUCAAAUUUAGUUCAUCCAUCAGACGUUUUACCAAUUGAUUCAUUUGAUUUAAAAGCAAAUCGACAACAAACUAAUCAAGUGAGCCCUUCAACUGCUGUUCGUUCGAUUGUUACUGAUCUGCUUCGUCAAUAUUCUUCUCAUCCAUCGUCACCAUCAAAAUCAAACAAACGAAAACGUAGUGAAGGUACAUUUGGUGAAGAAAUUACAUCCAGUAACAUGUUGAAUGAAUUAAAAGACAAAGCAUCUCAACAAAAUCCAUCUAAACGAAUACCAAUACGUGCUAUUUCAACUGUCCAAGCACCACCAUCACCAGUUCUAAUUGCAGAUUAA